AAAACAUUCAGGACAGGAAGGACGGUGAGGUCUGAGGGGGUGUCUGGUCAGUGGAGAGAUCCUGCAGAGCCAGAGCCCAAUCUCCUGAAGAAAACCCACCUCAGUCUAGUCCUUCAUUCACAGCACAAUGGCGGUUGAAACAGCCCUGGCAGGACUCCAGGCAGAAGCCAACUGUCCCAUCUGUCUGGAUUAUCUGAGAGACCCUGUCACCAUCGAAUGUGGCCACAACUUCUGUCGAUCUUGCAUCCAACAGUCCUGGGAAGAUCUAUGGGACAUGUUCCCUUGCCCUGUCUGCCGUCACCCAUGCCAACAGAGGCACUUCAGGAGCAACAUCCAGCUGGGAAGGAUGAUUGACAUCACCAAGCUCCUCCACAUCACCAGGAGCAAGAAGAAGAGGCAGGAAGACAGGCGCUUGUGUGAGAAGCACAACCAGCUCCUGACCCUCUUCUGUGAGGAGGACCUAGAGGUGCUGUGUCCCCUGUGCACUCAGCCCCCUGACCACCAGGGCCACCAGGUGAGGCCCCUGGAGGAAGCCGCCUCUCAUCACAGGCAGAGACUCAGCAGUUACAUCGAGUCCCUGAAGACGCAGGUGGCAGACGUUCAGAAAUUAAUAAGCAUUCAAAGCAAAAAACCCUUAGAACUGAGAGAGAAGGUGCAAAAUCAGAGAAGGAAAUUAGCCUCUGAAUUUGAGCAGCUGAACCAGUGUGUAGAACGUGAGCAAGAGGCAGUUCUGUCAAGGCUGGCCGAGGAAGAGAGGGACAUUCAACAGAAACUCAGCGCAAACAUAGCGGCCUUUUCACAGCACGUUUCCACCCUCAAAGGCCUACUGAAGGAGGUGGCAGAGAGGUGUGUGAUGUCGGAGGUGAGGCUGCUGACAGAUAUCCAGAGCCUCCUCCACAGGUGUGACAGCCUGAAAACCCCGGCUGUCUAUUCAAUCCAGCUAAGGAGAGAAGGAUGCAGCCUUCCUCCGCAGUAUUCAGCUCUGCAGAAAAUUAUACAGAAAUUUAAAGAAGAAGUUACUCUGGAUCCUGAAACAGCACAUCCUAAUCUGCUUGUCUCUGAGGAUAAAAAGUCUGUGACAUUUGCGAGGAAAAAGCAAAGAGUUCCUCGCAAUCCAAAGAGAUUUAUGGUUGAUCCAGUGGUCCUGGGUUCUGAAGGGUUCCAUUACGGCCGACAUUACUGGGAGGUCCAGGUGGGUGACAAGCCUGAGUGGGCCGUGGGGGUUUGUAGAGACUCCCUUUCCAGGAAGGGAAAACGGCCCCGGUCAGGACAGAGCAGACGCUGGACAAUUCAUCUGCAGAAUGGUGACUUUGUCGCACAAGGUGCCGUGACUGUCACUCUUGUGCUGAAGGAAAAGCCUAGAGGUGUUGGCAUUUAUCUGGACUAUGAGUUGGGUAACAUUUCAUUUUACAGUUUGAAUGACAGGUCUCACAUCCAUUCUUUCACGGAUAAAUUUUCUGAAGUCCUAAAGCCUUACUUCUAUAUCAGACGGGACUCUAAACCUCUGACAGUCUGUGCGGUAAGAGAUUAUGAAGCGUGA